CAGUCACGUGGUACGGCCCGCUCGCGCGGCUUCAAACGUCACAUCCUGCUCCAGGAACAAAAGCCUCGAUACGCGCAUCCUAAAAAUCCUCCUGGUUUACUGGACACUCGCCCCGAAGCCUCGGCACAGAAAGCACAUCGCUAGUUUUAUAUAAAUUUGAGUAUUUGCUGUAAAAUGUCUUCGGUUCCGCCUCAGAGAGAGUUUAUCAACGAGCUGUUAACUCCUGCUGAAAUAUCAUUCACAGAGUUUGAAGAAAUCAGCGUCAAGUUGGAGGAAAAGAUGGAGGAUCAGCGCAGACUGCUGGAUUUUACCCCAAUACCGAAGAUCAUCUUACACCGGAUAGAUCUCCGUGAAAUUAUUGUGUGUAAAGAUGACGGGGUUCUCAAUGAGCUCAGCAACCAGGAGGGCAACUACACUUUAAAACAAGAGGAACCAGAACCUCUGCAGAUAAAACAGGAACCAGAACCUCAACAGCUCAAAGAGAAGCAAAUCUGCAUCAGUCAGGAUGAAGAGCAGCUUGUGCUGAAACUGGAGACUGAUGACAUUUUGGUGAAUCCUGCUACUGUGCAGAGAAUUUGCAAAGAAACAGAACCACAUAGGAACCAACUCAUCUCUCAUGGUUCUCCUGAAGAUGAGAAUCAGGAUCAGGAAGGAAGCAAAUCUGAGGACUCAGGAAAAAAGAGAGAUGAAAAACAGAAAAGCCAGAGAUAUCAGAAAACCAAACAGCAGAAAGGUAAAACUGAGAGUUCAAAACAGAAAACACACAAGAAAGCUCAUCCAGACCAAAAACAAUAUUCUUGUAACAUCUGUGAUGAAGCCUUUUCUCAAAGCAGUUCCUUGACAACACACAUGAGAACUCACACUGACAAGAAACUGUUUACAUGUUCAACUUGUGAAAAAAGUUUCAAAAGGAAAUCAAACUUACUUGAACACAUGAAGAUUCACACAGGCGAGAAGGCUUUUUCAUGUGAGACUUGUGGAAAAAGUUUCAAAACCAAAUCAAGCUUACUUCAUCAUAUGAAGAUUCACAUAGGUAAGAAGCCUUUCUCAUGUCAGACUUGUGGAAAAAGUUUCAUAACCAAAUCAAACUUACUUCAACAUAUGAAGAUUCACACAGGCGAGAAGCCUUUCUCAUGUGAGACUUGUGGGAAAAGUUUCAAAACCAAAUCAAGCUUACUUCGUCAUAUAAAGAUUCACACAGGCGAGAAGCCUUUCUCAUGUGACACUUGUGGAAAAAGUUUCAUAACCAAAUCAAACUUACUUGAACACAUGAAGAUUCACACAGGUGAGAGGCCUUUCUCAUGUGAGACUUGUGGAAAAAGUUUCAAAACCAAAUCAAGCUUAGUUUGUCAUAUGAAGACUCACACAGGUGAGAAGCCUUUCUCAUGUGAGAAUUGUGGGAAAAGUUUCAAAACCAAAUCUCAUUUACUUGAACACAUGAAGAUUCACACAGGUGAGAGGCCUUUCUCAUGUGAGACUUGUGGAAAAAGUUUCAAAACCAAAUCUCACUUACUUUGUCAUAUUAAG